UUACCGCGAUAUGACCAAGCCCAAUAGAAAUAAUUAUUGUAGCCAAUCAGCUUACCAGCUGUUCCGUAAGAGCGAAAAAUGAUUGGCUAAUAUGGAGUGUCUGCUCGUGUCAUUUGCACUUUUGAGCAUCUAGAGAGACAGAGAGAGAGAGAGAAAAAAAACAAGCGAAAAAUCAAGGUGCAGAAGACGAGAACAGACCAUCUGGGACGUGAAUGCAGUUGGAAAUGUAGAAAGGGAUGCAAUUUAUAUAACCUAAUUUGUCAAAAAUUUGUGUUUUGACAUCAACAAUAGUAAUGAUACAUUAUAAUAUCAUAACGUAGUAAAAAAUACACAAAUUGUAACAGCGUGAAAAUUACAUACAGAUAGAGAACUGAAAUCUGAUUUACUUGUAUUAUAGAAGGAGCUAUUAACAUCAAUUCACGAUGGCAUCCGAAGAUGUUAAAUCUCAAACUACCGUGACUUCUUUGGAAGAGACUGGCCAGUCUGUUACUAGUAACUUACAGCCGGAAAGUAAAGAUAAAACUUCGCCUAAGCCACAAAAUCAAGUAAAUCGAAAUCAAAACAAUCUGCAGAGGAUACAGCAGCGCAAGCAGCAAAUGUAUAAUUGGCCACAAGUGAAGAAACUAUUGAAACUUGCAAGUUACAGCGCUUGUCAAAUGGAAGAGUGCAAAUGUAUUGGCUGGAGAACUGCACAACCAAUUUCAAAAACACAAAAAGGCGAGACACAGCAGCCUGUUAUAAACUUUUUUGAUCCAUGCAAGAUGUGUACUCAUACUUUAGAUAGUCACAUUAAGCAUAUAUCAGUGCAAUCUGAUGAUGAAAUCAACAGAUUAUUAGGAAUGGUUAUUGAUGCAGACAACAUUUUCAUGACUUUAAACAGAGAAAGAGAUAUCGAUAUUAAAAAAGUAUAUUUUUAUUUAUAUAAAGUGUUGAGGAAAUGUAUUUUAUCUUUGAUAAAACCAAUCUUAGAAGGUCCAUUAGGACACCCACCGUUUGAAAGACCAAGCAUAAGGGAGGCAGUGAUGAAUUUUGUUCUAUAUAAAUUCAGUCAUUUGCUUCCAAGAGAAUGGCAUGUAAUGUCAGACAUGGCAAAUAUGUUUUUGCACUGCCUGAAUUAUUGGAAUUUUGAAGCGCCCAGUACCAGAGCUGCUCGAACUGCGGAGGAAAGCUCUGCUUAUAAACUUAGUUAUGCUCGUUGGCUUGUCUUCUGUCAUGUGCCUGCAUUUUGCGACUCGCUGCCGCAUUAUGAUACUCACACAGUUUUCGGAAAGACUUUGCUACAGGCUGUAUUCAGAUCAGUUUGUGAGCAAUUAAUGCUGAAAUGUCAAAGUGAAAGAGAAAAAUUAACGCCGGAGAGAAGGCCUUUACUUCAAACACAUUUUCCCAAGUUUCUUUCAUUGUUGGAAAAAGAAAUUUAUUCUGAUAAUUCGCCUAUUUGGGAUCCCGAAUUUAAACAGUCUGCACCUUCUCAUCUUCAAAUUGCCUUGGAACCAAAGGCAUACCAAGUGCGAAAGACAGGGGAAUUUGAAAGCGUCACUGUGCAAGCAAAUGAGAAGGAUAAUUAUACUACAAUCAAUAUUAGUCCUGGAAUGAAGAAAAUUCAAGAAAAACGUUCAAACAUCGAAGUGCGCCUUGAUCCAAAGAGGCGAAAGAACGAAGAGACUUUUGAAGAUCUGCCGGAGGAGACUAUCACUAAAAUUGUCGCGUCUAUUAAUGACACUAAUUAUAGAUGUAUAUCCGAUUCUGACGCGGUAUUUCCACCGGACGUUCCGCGGGACGAAACUGCUAAAAACGAAUCUCAAGACUAUGGAAGACCGUUUAAAAUCUAGAUACUUUGUAACUAGAAGAUUAUUUAUAGCAGAUAUGACACGGAUUUUUACGAAUUGUAGAUUAUACAAUACAAUAGUCUAGACACUGAUUAUUAUCGCUGCGCCAAUGCUCUGGAAAAGUAUUUUCAGACACGUAUGAAAGAGAUUGGUCUAUGGGAUAAGUAGAAUUUUUUCAAAUAUAUCUCCUCUUGUGUGAUAUAAUAUAAAAAAUACAAAUACGAUCAAUAUGUAUAUUUGUCUAUUAUUUCUCUAUUACUUCUAAAUACACAUGUGUACGCACACAGAA